AUGCCUCGGGGCCAAAAGAGCAAGCUCCGUGCCCGCAAGAAACGCCACGAGGGCCACGGGGAGGAGAGUGUCGGGGUGGCGGCGGCCGCAGCGGCGGUGGCGGAGGCGGAGGCGGAGGGGAGUCCCCCGCGCGCCCCCGAGGCGGCGGCGGCGCCCCCCCCGCAGCCCGGGUCUCCCGGCGCCUCCGCCUCCGCCUGCGCCUCCGCCUCCGCCUCGGGGUCGCCGCGGGAGCAGGGCGCCGGGAGCCCCGCCGGGUCCCCCGGCCCCAGCGCCCGCAGGGACCCCCUCAGCCGCAAGGCCAGCAUGCUGGUGCAGCUCCUGCUGGAGAAGCACAGCAGCGGGGAGCCCGUCCCGCGGGCCGCGCUGCAGAAGACGGUGGGCAGGAAGUACCGCGAGCACUUCCCCGAGAUCUUCCGGUGCGCCGCCGAGCGCCUGGAGCUGGUCUUCGGCCUGGAGCUCAGGGAGGUCGACGCCCGCAGCCAGUCGUACGCGCUGGUCAGCAAGCUGGGCCUGGCCGCCGCCGCCACCAGCACCCGGGAGCUGCCCAAGACCGGCCUCCUCAUGACGCUGCUGGGCGUCAUCUUCAUGAAGGGCAACCGCGCCGCCGAGGAGGACAUCUGGGAGUUCCUGCACAUGCUGGGCGUCUACGAGGGCAGGUGGCACCUGAUCUUCGGGGAGCCCCGGAAGCUCCUCACCCAAGACCUGGUGCGCCAGGGCUACCUGGAGUACCGCCAGGUGCCGGCCAGCGACCCCCCGCGCCACGAGUUCCUGUGGGGCCCGCGAGCCCGCGCCGAGACCAGCAAGAUGCAGGUGCUGCAGGUCCUCGCCAAGAUCAACGACACCGUGCCCAGCUGCUUCCCCGAGCUCUACGCCGAGGCUCUGCUAGACCAGGAGGAGCGCGCGGGGCCCAGGGCCUCGGCCAGGGGGGCCUCGGCCACGGCCACGGCCAGGGCGGCCUCGGCCAUGGGGGCCUCGGCUGCCGCUGCCUCGGCCAUGGGGGCCUCGGCCGCCGCGACCACGGCCACGGUCAGGGGGGCCUCGGCUGCCACUGCCUCGGCCUGGGGGGCCUCGGCCGCCGCGACCACGGCCACGGCCAGGUGGGCCUUGGCCUCGGCCAGGGGGGCCUCGGCCGCCGCGGCCGCGGCCACAGCCACGGCCUGGCCGCCUGCCCUGGAGGCGGCGCUGGGCUUCCUCCGCCUCCAGGGAGGCGCUCGGGGCGGCGGCGGCUCCUCCUCGGGGCUGCAGCGGGGCGGGCGGUCCACCUUCUGA